AUGGCCAUCACUCGAGUCAAGUACGAUGGUUUCCUAAAGAGGAAAGGAAACCUCAGCACGGUAUCUGAAGAAACUGUGGUAUUUGCGAAGAUGAAUUACACCGUCCCAGAAAUCUCCUCACCGGACACCGCCCCCUUGAGCCUUGCUUCGUUCACCGAACAUUUGGCGCUCGUCUCUCCUGCGGUUCGGGCAGAGAUGCAGUUCACUAUCGGAGACACAGAGGAAAGCUACGACUUUCUGGGAGCGCGCUAUGUGGUAUACGGUAUUCACCUGGACGGAUCUCUUCUCUGCAAAAUGAGGUACAGCCAAUUGCACAAAUGGAAUGAAAAGCUGAAGAGGUAUUUUGGGAAGAAUCGUGUUCCGGAUUUUCCGCCUAAGAGUUAUCUUGCGCAAACCGAGUCUAUGGCUGAAGAGAGAAGACUUAAGUUACAGGAGUACCUUCAGAAAGUUGGAGAGGAUCCAGUUCUAUCUGCCAGUGAAAUAUUCACCACUUUAUUAAAGAAGGCGCAGCAGGAAACAUUUAAAAUUCAUCCUCAAGAUAUCCACUUGGAGAUUCUUCUUGCAGAUGGAACAAAACUUCUCAUUGACACCAAUACAUGUGACUCAGCAGAAAGGAUGCUGGCGAUUGCAGCCCAGAAAAUUGAACUACCGAGGCACCUUUUGGAAUAUUUCACCUUGUAUCUCGUUUGUGAACAUGCUGAAGGAGGAUACUCUGUGCUGAGAAAACUACAUGCCUUUGAGUUGCCAUAUGUGAGACUAUGGAGCCCGCAGAAUGGAAACAGCAGAAUAAUGAUCAGGAAAAGUUACUUGGAUCCUUUGAAGGAUAGACUACUGAUGGGAAGUAUUGCUGGAGUCCUCCUAUUGUACAGUCAGGCUACCUAUGAGCUGGCGAGAGGCUGGGUUAAGCCUACUCUGGAUCAAACCCGAAAACUAAAGGCUUUCCAGGAGGCUGCUCAGAAAAGAGAGUUCCUCGAACUUAUGAGGGAAGUGAAGUUCUAUGGGCAUCUACAGUUUGAGGCUUGCACCUGUGAUUAUCCAGAGCCCAACUGCCCUGCUACUGUUCGUGUGGGCAAUUAUGAAAUUAACUGCUGUGUUCGGUUACCAAAGAACCACAUCGAAGAGUUCAGUUUCAAGAUUAACAGAAUACGAUGUUGGCAGAUCGGUAUCCAGAUACCACAAGAAGAAACGGAACUGAAACUGGAGCUGAGUUUUGAAUUUCAAGACAGCCAUGAUUCAUGGCGAUGGGUCACAAUUUGCACACAUCAGGCCUUUCUUCUGGGAAGUUGCAUUAAGGAAAUCUCAGCACAUCAACCAAAGUUAUCUGGGAACCAUGCAGAAAUGCAGUUGGAGAGUGUUGUAUUGGAUUAUAAACCAAAGCCCCGCAGUGCUCAGACCACAAUGAGUAAACAUUCCGGAACAGCAGAACAAAAUCAGUAUAAGGCAGUGAUAGGAAAAUGCGAUGCAAGUGUAUUUGAUGACAUAGCUGAUGAUCAAUUGUGACCAUGGACAAAAACAUUAAGUACAGCAUUAACAUGGUUUUUUGGUGCAAUACCCUAUCUGACUGACCGUACUUUGGGCCACCAACUUCAGCUGUCUCGAGGGAUCAAGAUACACAUUGCCUUCUCUCAAUACUUAAUAGGGUUAAUGUUUGGGAGUUCUAAUUUCUCCCAAGGAACUGGUUAUCUGGAUGAAAAAUAAUGGAAUAGUUAUCACUGUGGUGUUACUAAGAUGUACCGUAAAGCCAAUAUAGACGAGGAAUGAGUACACAUAUGAAAGUCUGAGCAUUUUUAGCAAUGUUUUUGAUUGUGAUGAUCACCAUUAGAUAUUAAAAGAACUGACAAAACAUUUUAACAUGUGUUGGACUGCAUAUGAAUUCCAAUAAAGUGAAUCAUAGUUAAAGUGGAAUAUUUAAUCACACACCACAUAGUCAUACACGGUUUUUUAAACGAUGAUUCAUAAAAUGGAGCUACUUGACUGCUUCAACUCUGAAGCUCUCAUAUUGUUCACUUUGAAUGUUUAUUAUCUUUUGAAUUGAGAUGUUAUGCAAUGAAGCAAUACAUAGUGUUGUAUAUUGAGCCAUAAUAAACAGUCUGGCC